UUCUUAGCUCGCUUCCUAGAAUUAUAGAUGACAAUAAGAUUUGAUCCAAGACCAUCUGCCCGAGAGACGGAAUCACUGGGCUAUCUAGUAAAAUUCUUUAAGUCACUAUCAAGACUUAGUUUCAUACUUAAAAACUUAGUUCCUUCAGUCUAAACCAGCCUGUCGAAUAUUUAGCUUUUUAUACACUUAAACUAUUAGCGUGUAUGCACAAUGUUUGUCAAAGGAGUCUCUCUCAGAAAAACUGUUAUUCUGGGUCAUUCCAAAUCCGCAAUAUGUCUCUCAAACAGGGCAUGGCACUGAAAGGUUUAAAAGUAAUCGAAAUGGCUGGUUUGGCACCAUCCCCAUUUGCAGGGAUGUUACUUGCAGAUUACGGUGCUGAUGUUAUUAGAAUAGAUCAGCCCAAGCCUCUAUUGUCGACUAAUGUUCUUGCUCGGGGCAAGAAGUCUAUAUCUAUAAAUCUGAAAAAACCUGGCGGUGUUGAAAUUGUGAAAAAACUUGUCAAUGAUGCUGACAUAUUAAUAGAGCCUUUUCGCCCUGGUGUUAUGGAAAAGCUGGGACUGGGACCCGAAGUUCUUCUCAAAGAAAACAAGAAAUUGAUCUAUGCAAGAUUAUCAGGCUAUGGACAAAAUGGUAGCAUGAGCCAAGCAGCCGGACAUGAUAUCAACUAUGUUGCAAUGACAGGGGUUUUGUCUAAACUUGGACGAGCAGAUGCUGCACCAUUUCCUCCAGUAAACCUCCUUGCAGAUUUUGCUGGUGGUUCUAUUCUCUGUGUAAUGGGAAUCAUGAUGGCACUCCACUCUCGUUCAAAUAGUGGAGAGGGUCAAAUUGUAGAUGCUGCUCUGACAGAUGGUGCAGCAUAUGCUAGCAGUUUCCUGUUUUCUAGUAUCAAUCAAAUACCUAUGAUGUGGCCUGGACAACGUGGCUGCAAUUUACUUGACUCUGGUUGUCCCUAUUACAAUACUUAUGGCACUAAAGAUGGGCGUUACAUGGCUGUGGGAGCCUUAGAGCCCCAAUUUUACACUGCUUUGUUACAGGGACUAGAACUUGGUGAGGCCGGAUUACCACAUCAAAUGGAGUUACCAAAAUGGGGUGAGCUAUCAAAAGCUUUCCAGGAUAAAUUUGCUAGUAAGACUCAAAGUGAGUGGGUGGAGAUAUUCAGUAAGCUGGAUGCUUGUGUAACACCAGUGUUAACGUUUGCUGAGGCUGCUGAGCAUCCGCACAACAAAGAUCGUGGAAUGUUCCUGGCAGGACCAGGAGGUACAGCAGAGCCCUCACCUUCUCCUAAACUUAGUGCUAACCCUGCUAAUCCAAAUCUAACCAUUCCUAAGUUAGGGGAACACACCAUGGAGAUUCUGGGCUCUCUAGGUUAUGAUGAAGUAACCUCGAAACAGCUGUUGAGCGAUCAAGUUAUCAAUGUUUCAAAAUAUUAAAACAAGUUUGAAUAGAUUUUCCAAUUGAAGAGAGGCAUUCAAAUAUAUUCAUAUAGCUUUAGCUUUUAAUUUCAUCUAAUUUCAAAUAUAUAAGCUUGUUGAUGUUAUGUUAUUUAGCUUGUUAGAUUCCAGCCAGUCAAUAUACUUAGACAUUAUUUAGUUAAUGAUUAGCCAGAAAUACCAAGUUUGAUUUUUUCUUUUAUUAACAAGUUAUAUUAUGUUUAAUCACAGUGCCUUUGCAAGGUUUUUACUGUCAAUAUAAGUGUGUUUUUGAAUCUUUUGAUACUGAUUUCUUAUGUUUUAUGAUUUGUUUGGUUAUUAAUAGUUCCAAUUAUCACCAUUUUUAAACGAUUUACAGG